AUGGUCAAGAUUUACGCCAUCUCGGCAGCUCUGCUGACUGCCAGUCUCUUUUCCUUGUCUCAUGCCCAUCCUGAGGAGCAUGAGCUGGCCGACGCUCUUUCGAAGAGAGCCGAGCAUGCCGCCAUCGUUCAGCGUGGACUCGAAGACUGCUACAACCAUCCCAAGUACCUUGAGAUGCAGAAGCGUGGUCAGGAGAGACGCUGGGAGAAGGCUCAGCAGCUCAGGAAAGCUCGUGGUAUUCAUGAAUCGACCCCAUUCAAGACCAGACGUGACCUUGCCGCGCUUGAAUCCUUCGAGGAGGUUAACCACAACUUGACCUCGCUUGGCUAUACCGACUCUACUGCUCCAUCUGUCCUGUUCGCCAACUACAAGAACGCCUCUUGCAUCCUCACGCCUGAGGUAGUUGUCGGCCCGUACUUCGUCAUCGGAGAACACUAUCGUACCAAUGUCGUUGAAUCUCAGGGAGGCGUACCUGUCCACUUGGAGUAUCAAUAUAUCGACACCAGCACAUGCGAGCCUGCUACAGGGCUCUAUCUGGAAGCGUGGCAAGCAAACAGCACUGGAGUUUAUAGCGGUGUUGUCGCUUCCGGCAACGGUAACGAUGCUGAUACUAGCAAUCUCGUGAGUUCUUCUGAAGACACCACCUUCCUCCGUGGUGUAACGAAGGUGGACAGCGAUGGUGUUGGUUAUUUCGACACCAUCUUCCCUGGACACUAUGCUGGAAGAGCAACUCAUAUUCAUCUGAUUGCCCAGCAGAACGGCACCGUCUAUGCUAACGGCACUUACUCCGGUGGCACCGUCUCGCACGUUGGUCAACUCUUCUUCGACGAGUCACUUAAGAGUGCUGUGUACGACACUUAUCCUUACACUACCAACACUCAAUCAUACACCACUAAUGACGACGAUAUGUGGGCUCCCGAUCAGGCGGACAACAACUACGAUCCAAUCCCAGAUUAUGCAUACCUUGGUGAAGACAUCUCUGACGGUCUUCUUAUCAUUCUGACGAGGCUUAGUGUCGGUAUCAACAUGUCCGCUGAAUACACUGUCACUGCUGCAGCUACUUUGACAGCUGAUGGUGGCGUUGCUUCCAAUGAUGCUGCCGAUGGCGCUUCUGGUUCUGGAGCUGGC